AUGCCCUUCUUCAGCCGCAGUGAGCCAGAGCCAGAGCCCGUCUACCAGCCGGAGCCCGUGGCCGAGCCGCCCUCAAGGAAGCACAGCCUUUUCCACCGCAACAGGGAUGUAUCUCCCACCUCAUCUCAUCGCACCAGCUCCGUAGCCAGCUCCAACGGCGGCGGUCCGGGCUACAAAGCCGGGAGCAACUCGGGCGGCGGCCUCUUCCGGCACAGCACCGACAGCUCAGCCGGCAGCAGGGGCCGUCGAAGCCUGUUCCACCGUGACGGCGGCGGCAUGGCGCUGGAUCCGAGCAUCUUGCAGGCCAGGGAGCAUGUGAUGCAUGCCGAAGCGGCCGAGGUUGAAGCUGAUCGGGCUUUGGGAGAGGCGAGGAUGCGAGUGAGGGCUGCAAAGGAUCAUGUCUGGAGGCUAGAGGAGGAGGCCAAGGAGGAGGCGAGAAGGGCCAAGAUUAAGCAAGAGCAGGCACGCGAGGUGUCCAAGAGAGGACAAGGGCUUGGACGUGAGUCUUGA